AGCAGGGUUGCAUGAGGAGGGGGAUGUCACCCAGCACUGCCCAGUCCAGGCUGCCACCCUCCUGCACUUGACCUCACAGUGGGCGGGGGGGAGCUACACCCCUGGGGGAUGGAGGCCUCGUGUCUGGAGCUGGCUCUGGAAGGUGAGCGGCUAUGCAAGGCAGGCGACUUCAAGGCAGGUGUGGCCUUCUUCGAGGCCGCCGUUCAGGUGGGCACAGAGGACCUGAAGACGCUGAGUGCCAUCUAUAGCCAGCUGGGUAAUGCCUACUUCUACCUGAAGGAGUAUGCCCGCGCUCUGCAGUUCCACAAACAUGACCUGCUGCUGGCACGGACCAUUGGUGACCGCAUGGGGGAGGCCAAGGCCAGCGGGAACCUGGGCAACACACUCAAGGUCCUGGGCCGGUUCGACGAGGCUGUUGUCUGCUGCCAGCGGCACCUGGACAUUGCCCAGGAGCAGGGGGACAAGGUUGGGGAGGCAAGAGCCCUCUACAACAUUGGCAAUGUGUACCACGCCAAGGGCAAGCAACUGUCUUGGAAUACCGCGCAGGACCCUGGGCACUUGCCACCUGAUGUGCGCGAGACGCUGCGCAAGGCAUCUGAGUUCUACGAGAGGAACCUAUCCCUGGUGAAGGAGCUGGGCGACCGGGCAGCCCAAGGCCGGGCCUACGGUAACCUGGGUAACACCCACUAUCUGUUGGGGAACUUCACGGAGGCUACAACCUUCCACAAGGAGCGCCUGGCCAUUGCCAAGGAGUUUGGAGACAAGGCAGCCGAGAGGAGAGCCUACAGCAACCUGGGCAAUGCCCACAUCUUCCUGGGGCGCUUCGACGUGGCUGCUGAGUACUAUAAGAAGACACUGCAGCUGUCCCGACAGCUCAGAGAUCAGGCAGUGGAGGCGCAGGCCUGCUACAGCUUGGGCAACACCUACACGCUGCUGCAGGACUACGAGCGCGCCGCCGAGUACCACCUGAGGCACCUGGCCAUCGCCCAAGAGCUGGCUGACAGGGUGGGUGAGGGCCGGGCGUGCUGGAGCCUGGGGAACGCCUACGUGUCCAUGGGGAGCCCGGCACAAGCCCUGACCUUCGCCAAGAAGCACCUGCAGAUCUCCCAGGAGAUCGGGGACCGCAAUGGCGAGCUCACAGCCCGCAUGAACAUCGCGCAGCUACAGCUGGCUCUGGGCAGGCUGACCAGCCCAGCAGCCGCAGAGAAGCCAGACCUGGCUGGCUAUGAGGCUCAAGGGGCCAGACCCAAGAGGACGCAAAGGCUGAGUGCCGAGACCUGGGAUCUGCUGCGACUCCCCUUGGAGCGGGAGCAGAAUGGAGACAGCCACCAUGCUGGGGACUGGCGGGGGCCAGGUAGGGACUCACUCCCCCUCCCCAUGAGGAGCAGGAAGUACCAGGAAGGGCUGGACGCUGCUGAGAGGAGGCCCCGGGAGGGCAGUCACUCCCCACUGGACAGUGCUGACGUCCGAGUGCAGGUGCCUCGUACGAGCAUCCCCAGGGCUCCCUCUUCUGACGAGGAGUACUUCUUUGACCUGCUGAGCAAGUUCCAGAGCAGCCGCAUGGACGACCAGCGCUGUCCCUUAGAGGAGGGCCAGGCCGGGGCUGCAGAGGCCACGGCUGCCCCCACCCCCGAGGAGCGAGCCGCUCAGCCCUCGGUGACAGCCUCGCCCCAGACCGAGGAGCUCUUUGACCUCAUUGCCAGCUCCCAGAGCCGCCGACUGGAUGACCAGAGGGCCAGCGUGGGCAGCCUGCCGGGGCUCCGCAUCACCCUCAACAAUGUAGGGCACCUCCGAGGUGAUGGGGACCCGCAGGAGCCAGGCGAUGAAUUCUUCAACAUGCUAAUCAAAUACCAGUCCUCUAGGAUUGAUGACCAGCGCUGCCCGCCACCUGACGUGCUGCCCAGAGGCCCCACCAUGCCAGACGAGGACUUCUUCAGCCUCAUUCAGAGGGUACAGGCUAAGCGGAUGGAUGAGCAGCGGGUGGACCUCACUGGCAGCCCAGAGCAGGAGGUCAGCGGGCUGUCUGAGCCACGGCAGCAGUGCCAGCCUGGUGCCAGCUAAGGCCUCAUCCCCACAGCCAGGCCUGCCCCUGCCCCUUCUUUUGGACUCCAAGGGGCUCACAGUUGUCCACAAUCCCCCCAAGAAGCCAAAUCCUCCUAAGGCUGUGGCAGAGAGCCAGCUCAGCCCCCUGGCCCUUCCUGCUGAGCCAGAUACUGGGCACACACAGCCCUCAAGGUACCCUCAUCCCAGGGUGGCAGGUUCGGGCCAAAGCUGCCAUGUCGGGGAGGGUAUGCUUGUCUCCACGUGGUCCACAGCUUCCUGCAGGCCCCGCCCUGUCGCAGACCAGGCCCUCAGCAUGUCUGCCCCAAGCCCUGGUGCUGCCCAGACCCUUCCUCUCCGGGCCUCCACCCUGCCCUGCCAAAUGUGAAACCCUUCCACCUCCUUCCUCUGUCCCCCACCCCUCACCCCUGUAGAGGGUGUCAGAAGGCUCUUCUGGAGGUUACAGUAGCAACAUGGCACAUUCUGUUCCCCAGCUGGUCCUGGGAUGGCCAUGCAGGAGGUACACUCCAUGUGCUCUGCCUCCCAUCCCCAGAGCAGACCCUCUCCUGGCCUAUCUGCCCACCCCAGCUGCAGGAGAUCAACAGCUGCAAAGCCCCAGCCCUUCAUUUGUCCUUUGAGGAAGGCUGGGCCUUGCCUACCUGCAGAGGGAAGGAUGGAGGCCUGCCUCCAGGCCGGGAACACAGACAGGGCCCCAUCCUCAGAGCAUUGGCUGGAAGUGGGCAUUGGCACCAGAGAGGUCUGAGCUCAACUGGCCCCUCUGGUUCCUCACCCGCUCAGUGAGUAUUCCCCCUCCCAUGUUGAGGAGGCUACAUCAUGGCCUUGCACUCAGCCUCCCAUCAGAGUUGGCCAACAGGGUAUCACUCUCAGGAUGGAUACUCAGACAGGACCUGCUGAAAGAUUCUUGAGACAGGCCCUUGGGGACCAUGGCCCCUCUGCUCUUGCCUAGACCCUGGGCCCAGCAGGGCCCACAGGCAACCCUUCUGAUAGGCUCCACAUACCUCCCCAGCACAUGGCCUCCUCCCAGCCUGGGAGCAGGGCCAAGGUAAGGGAGGUACAAGGGCGGGCCAGCCCCGGGUUCACGCGGGGGACCUUGAGGGCAGACAGGUGCUGGGGCACAGGGUCUUGGUGGGACGUGGCCACCUGCAUACUUGAAUGUACAAGCGUAUUUAUUGCUCACACGUGUUUGCCAUGUUGUCCACGGGUCCUUUCCAACCCGACAGGUACGGUUUUGUUUUACCCCAAAAUAAAAGUCUGCCAAAUGA